AUGCUCUGCUAUACUACUGUUAUGACCCUCUUGGGUCUCUCCAGUAUUGCCGUCGUCGCCGCCGAUCCCGGAUAUGAUGACAUCAAAGAUUGCUACUGCGGUGUUCAUAAAUUAAAUGGUAACGAUCCUACCAAGACCCGCGCUGCCUGUGCGUUCUAUGGUUCUGUUGCUAGGGCUUAUAAUGGAGCCACAACAUGCAACAUCAUCAUUGAUCUUAACGAGCCAUUGUUUAUAUCUCAUUGUAAAACGGUUUUAGGCACUGAUGGGUGGUGCGAUCCGCAUAAAUAA